AUGAAGUUGAUUACAUUGCUCGCAUGCGUCGUCGCAUUCGUGGCGCCGGCAUUUGCGGUCAACUUCCUCGAAUCUAAUUCCCUCAACUUAUGCAUGGAGAGUAGCAACUUCACAGCAACAUACUUCCACGUCAUCUUCUACCCAAACAACAAUUCGCUUGAGAUUGGUUUCGAUGGCGUAUCAUACAUAUCCGGCAAGGUUGUGGCAGAUCUUACCUUGACGGCCUAUGGUUAUAAGGCUUAUUCCAGCACCCUCGACCCUUGCUCCAUCGCGGGUAUGGGCAUGUGUCCCAUGGCCCCUGGUCCCAUUGACUUAGAAUCGGUUUCCUUGACACUUCCGAAUGACACCGCUUCGAGGAUCCCGGGCAUCGCCUACACUGUUCCCGAUCUUGAUGCGGACGUGCGCAUUGUGAUCAAAAAGAAGGACACCGGUGAGAAUAUUGCUUGCGUGGAAGCGUCACUCUCAAAUGGUAAAACUGUCUACCAAGUCGGAGUCUCCUGGGUGACCGCAAUCAUUUCUGGCUUGGGUCUUACAGCAUCUGCCAUCACCUCCGGACUCGGCCAUUCCAACACUGCUGCUCACGUCGCGGCGAAUGCGCUUUCAUUGUUCAGUUUCAUGCAGUCCCAAGCAAUGAUUGGCAUGACCUCAGUUCACAUGCCACCUAUUGUGGAAUCAUGGACACAGGACUUCCAGUGGAGUAUGGGUAUCAUUCACGUCGGAUUUCUGCAGACCAUCUGUACUUGGUACCAGCGCUCUACGGGUGGCACUCCCUCCACCGUACUCUCAUCUUUGAGCCAGACCUCAGUAGAGGUGCUCAAGAAGCGUGACUAUGUCAUGGACCCUGUGCGCAGUAUCAUGAAGAGAGGACUCCAUAUGCUUGGAAAACGAGACAACAGCCAGAAAGUUCAGGUAGUGCGAGGCAUUGACCGUGUUGGCUUCCGCGCAGGUAUCGAAGAAACAAACAUCUUCUUGACUGGCCUUAUUUUCUUCGUCGUCUUUGUUUUUGUCGUUGUCAUCAUUAUUGCUGCCUUUAAGGGCAUCUGCGAGAUACUCGUGAAGCACGGCAAAAUGAAGGGCGACACUUUCCAGGACUUCCGCAACGGAUGGAAGGUUGUCACUCGAGGUAUCUUGUUUCGCCUGACUUUGAUUGGUUUCCCUCAAAUGUGCAUCCUUUGCCUUUGGGAGUUUACUCAGCGUGACUCGCCGGCUGAGGUCGUUCUGGCUGUGGUGAUGCUUAUAUCCCUAGUCGUUGCCCUAAGCUGGGCAGCCUGGAAGGUCAUUCGUUUGGCAAAGCGCUCGGUCACGAUGCACAAGAACCCCGCUUACAUCCUCUAUUCCGAUCCCGCGUGUCUGAAUAAAUGGGGCUUCCUCUAUGUGCAGUACCGUGCCACGGCCUACUACUUUGUCGUUCCAUAUCUUAUCUAUGUCCUGAUCAAGGGCAUGUUCAUCGGGCUAAGUCAGUCCGCUCCCGUGGUCCAGACCGUGGCUCUGGUGGUCAUUGAAGCCGGUAUGCUAGUCGCUGUCUGUGUCGUUCGCCCGUGGAUGGACAAGAAAACCAACGUCUACAACAUUUCCAUUGCGGUUGUCAACUUUAUUAACGUCAUCUUCCUACUGGUCUUCUCCAACGUUUUCAACCCACCAGGUCUGAUGGUCGGUGUGAUGGGUGUCGUUUUCUUCGUCUACAACGCUGUAUUCGCCUUGGUUCUCUUGAUCCUUGUUCUGAUUGCUUCAGUCUACGCUGUCCUAUCAAAGAACCCUGACAUUCGAUACCAACCAAUGCGCGAUGACCGAGGAUCCUUCAUCAAGUCUCAAACACAGCUCACGACUGAGUUGGAUGCAUUGGGCGCUACUGCUCGAGGUGACAUGAAAUCCCAAUCGUACCAGCACAACCCAUUCGAUGACGAUACCCCCUCCAUCUCCAGUGGUCACGGAAACGGCAGUGGCAGUAGCAACGCCAAUGGCAACGGAUAUCAAAACCCGAACGUGGCCAACGCUCCUCACGGCGCUUCUCAACAACGGGCUCAGCAAUCGGACCAGAUCGACCCAUCAGUACCACUCUUCCCCAGCAAGGGCCCUGGUCAACAUAGUUCUCCUCCGAGCUACGAGCACCUAGGCCGGACAUCACCAUCAUCCGCAGCGCGGACCUACGACAACAUGCCUGUUGGACAGUCCGCCAUGGCUCCCAAUUAUAGGAAUCAAAACAACCCUAGUCCAUGGCAACGAGGAGCUGGCUAUGAGGGUUAG